CAGAUCAUCACGGGCCUGGUCAUCUACCCCCUGGUGUGUUUCCCCGGCGUCGUCGGCAACAUCCUGACGAUCUUCGUGCUCUCCAGGCGAAACAUGCAGACCUCGACCAACGCCUUCCUCAGCGCCCUCGCGGUGGCCGACUCCAUCAAGCUCAUCAACGACAUCCUCUACUUCUUCGUCAUCGUCUUCAUGCGCACGUCCACGCGCCUGGGCAACAUGUCCUACGGGUACCUGUACCCCUACGCGCACUUCGUGUUCAGCCUUUCGGUGUGCGUGUCGUCUUGGCUGACCGUGUCGGUGGCCGUGGAACGGUACAUCAUGGUGUGCCACCCGACCCGCGCAAGGGCGAUGUGGAGCAGGAGGCGCGCGGUCAUUCUGUGCACGCUGAUCUACGUGGUCAUGACGUCUCUCGCCCUGCCGUCGGCGCUGAGGUACAGGACGAUACGGUGCGUGGACAGGGCGACGAACGUGUCCAAGCUGGACGUGGAGCUGACCGAAAUGUGGAAGAACAAGCUGUUCGUGACGUCAUACACGUGGACGCAGAACCUCCUUCGCUCGAUUAUUCCUCUGAUCGUGCUCGUCAUCUUGAACACGUGCAUCAUAUCCGCACUGAGGCGCACCAAGGCCAAACGCCGCAAAAAUGCGCGCCACCGCGUGACCAUCAUGAUGAUCGUGGUGAUCUUGGCGUUUCUCAUCUGCAUAACCCCGGACGCCAUUCUCUCUACUGUUUUUGGGUUCGGCUACCACGAGGCCGGGUACCUUCCGAGGGGAAUACGGGAGAUCACAGACACCCUGCUGGCCAUCAAUGCCGGCGUGAAUUUCUUGAUCUACUGCGCUUUUAACCAGGUGUUUCGGAAGAGCUUUGCACACAUCUGCUGUCCCAACACGCGUCAGACCAACACGUGGAUGACGGAGCUUGACGAGUCCACAUACAGACGGCUGUCGGAGGCCAAGUCACUCUUAAUGUCCAAUAACAAUUCA